CUUUUCUGACUUGGGUUGACAACAAAACAUGGACAUACAGUCCUCGUUAUGAGACAUCACGGUUUGUGAUGACACAUGCAGCAACAACGAUGCGGGCGGUCUUCCCCACGUAUUUAGAUCAUCGUGGGAAGAUAGAAAAACCGCUUGCUCCUCUGUUUGGAAAUACACAAUUGUAAAAAUAACACCACCAAAAUCAUUUGUCAGCAGAGGUUUCGCUUGAAGUGGAGUACAUCGGUGACAGUGUUAAAAAGGAUUAGCGGUGUACACUUGCCCCCGGAACCACGCGUAAUGUUUUAUCUUAAAAACAACUUUUUAUGAAGAAUUGUGACAUUUUGGAUUUAUAAAAUGCCAUUCAAGUGGAGACCGAAACGGACUCGUCGUUAUGACAUAUCAUCGAAGAAUUCAUUCAUAGUUGGUGUGUACCUGUUGGAUAUCAUUCUUGAAUGUACCCUGUCAUCUGAUAGUACAGGCCAGGAGUGCCUGGACAGCAUUGCACAGAGAAUUGACCUUGUGGAUACACACUAUUUUGGGCUGCGGUUCAUCACCAAGAAACUCCAGUUCCAAUGGGUAGAACUCAGCAAGCCCCUGAAGAAGCAGUUGGACAAGAUGGCCGAGGCUUCCCAUCAGCCACCUUGCCUCUACUUUGGUAUCAUGUUCUACGUGUCCGGCGCACACAAGAUCCCCGACGACACAGCCAGGUUCCACUACUACCUGCAGCUCAAGAAUGACGUCAUCGAUGGCCGUGUGCCGACUAGCUAUGAACAAGAGCUGCGUCUGGCAACCUUCAGUCUACAGGCGGAAUAUGGAGACUUUGAUUAUGAACGUCAUACAGUGGACUUCUUCAAGGACAACAAAAUUCAGCUGUUUCCCAAGACGAUGACAAAGAAUGAGCAGACCCUGCUUGAGCUGCUGAUGGAGGCCCUGAACAUGCAUUCCAGUCUCCAGGGCUACCACCCUCUGAAGGCUGAGAUACAGUACAUCAAGGAGGUACAGCUCAUGGAUGGAUAUGGCAUGGAAUACUACACGGCUAAAGAUGACCGAGGGAAGGAGUUGUACCUGGGUUCGUCCGUGACAGGUAUCUUUGCCCGCUACCUGGAUGGACAGGCUCCUAUCUUCUUCAGGUGGGGAGAAAUAGCCAAGUUGUCACAGAACAAGAAAAUGAUUGGAAUCGACACAUCCAAAAGCUCAGGUCAAUACCAGAUGGAGGACUCGGACAAUGCUAAGUAUUUCUCCCGUAUGGCACAGCUGCAGCUCAAGUUCUACAAGUCCAGCAAGAGCAACCUAAAUGGCAGCCUCACUGAUCUUCAUCUCGCUAGUAACGAACAUGAAGCAGCGAUUCAACCGGAUGUCCAGCAGGUAAUGCUGCCACAGUCCGACUCACAGGAACUGACAAACUCACAAACCUCCCUGGUAUACCUACAAGAACAAAGGUAUUCACAAGAGUUUCAGCAACAACAGCAACAUCAGCAACAACAACAACAUCAGCAUCAAUCACAGCAACAGCUGACAUCAGCUAUGAUGACUGAAGAUUACUACAACAACUCUCAACAAAGUCUUGACAAAUCUGUGCCCGAUGUCCAGCAGACGCCAAGAGCUGAGAGUGACCCUGGUAUCCAUGGUGGCAUGUAUGGUGGUCAGCAGACGCCAAUGCAACCAGCGGUGCAGACACCGGUGUCUCAGAAUAAUCCAAGAUCAGCCAUGUUGCCAGCCUACAGACCAGCCCCUACAUACGAGGCUGUCAUGAGACACCGUGUUACUCAUCAACAGCAGCAACAGCAACAACAACAACAGCAGCAGCAACAACCUGAUGUGAGUGGUCAGACCCUGGGGAACUCCCAAAUUUACACCCAUCCGGAGGGCGUGGCGUACAGUCAGCCUGAGAUCAGGCAGCAUGUGUCAUCGUAUCCCAGUGAGACACAGUAUGUUAAUGCUGCAGCAAUCCGAAACUACAGCCAUUCAAUCUAUGCAAACGUUUUCCAUGAUGGACACAAUUAUUACGCUUACAGAUCGGCAGAGAGAGGUAACAACCUUGCUGUUCACCCAACUUACAGUUCCCCAGAACUCAACACACAAGGACUGCCUGAACAGUAUUCAGACAAUCUGAUGAGUGAAUCUCUUGCCUACCAAUACCGUCCUCCUCCUCCCUACCCUCGAGCCAGCAGUAGCACUCCUGACCUGGCUGUACAGACAGGCAUCACUUCAGCCAAUCAGGCUCCAGACCUUUUACCGCAGCAGAACUCUGGGAAGAGCACUCUUGCUGCUCAGUCUCGAUUGGAUAAAAGUGUUGACAAUCUUUCUGAAGUUGUUCCUGUGGCAAAGGAUGUUGGAAGAGUGAUUCAGAUUGAGCAAGAUAAAGAGGACACUUCCAGUGAAAAUUCUUAUGCUACAUUUCAUGCCAAAGAGAGUGACAGUUCAGACAAUGAGAGUAUCAAGCGGGAGAGGGCAGGGUCGGAGAAGUCAAAGAUUCAGGUGUGUUUAGUGGCACCAAAGGAAGCCCCUCCGCCUUCCAAAUCCAAGGAGGUAGCUACUCUGAGAGAAAGUUUCCGACGGAUGAUGAUCGCCAGAUCGGGAUCAAUGAACAGUGGUAAGCAGAAGCCGGUGAUCCAUGUUACCUCUAGUGGAGGGAAAGACUCUGAGGUGAAAUCCACAAACAUAGAAAGCAGUCUUCCACGAGUAGAGGAGCAGACGGAUAGAGGUGUUCAGCAGAUGUCACUUGGAGAGAAGCAGACGACAGCUGAAGCCAAGCUUGGCCUGAGACCUCCCCCUCCAUAUAUAGCUCCCAGAGAGACUGGCAAAGGUCAGUCUGACAACAUUUCUAAGAAGAGUGACAGUGACGCUGAGAGUAUUCAGUGUCUGGACAUGACCAAGGUCAGUGAGGAGGCCGGCCACAAGGUCACAGGGUCCUUGGACUCCACCAACUCCCAGCAGGACAACGAUGACGGGUCAGACAGCGACAUCGGCUCUGUUGAUGAUGCGACGGUGAAGCGAGUUAACAUGGGCCCUCUGAAGGUGGCAGCCAUGAAUGGUCUAAGUCUGUCAAGACCCAUGGUGCUGGCCCUCAUGAACGAUGAAAGCAGAGCUCCCAAAGAUGAGAGGCGCAAGAUUCUAGAGAGUAAGAUCUCUGAGGGACAAGUGUUUGUGGAAUUUGAGGAGGUCCCAAAGAAAGCCCCCAAUCAGGAGUUUGCCAUUGCCAAACUUGCCACCAAUGAAUCGAGGAACAGAUUUAAAGACGUGCUUCCCUACGAUGCCACAAGGGUGAAACUGACUGCCAGGAAGGACAACCAAUAUGGAUAUAUUAACGCAUCUCAUGUGAAGCUUGAAGCAGAAAACAACGACUGGUGGUUCAUCGCAACACAAGCCCCACUGGAGAACACUGUUGCUGACUUCUGGCAAAUGGUCUGGGAGCAGGAUGUGAAUGUCAUCGCCAUGUUGACUGCACUGACGGAACUUGGGAAGAACAAGUGUUUUCCUUAUUGGCCCCAAGAAGCAGGAACAGAAACCAAGCAGAUAGUUGGUGAUUUCGAGGUGACGCUAGAGUUUACCGACAACUCCUUGUGCUAUGUGACAAGUCGCAUUGUGGUGCGCCACCUACCGAGCUCCAAGGAGAGGAUGAUCUGGCACCUGCAGUACACUGACUGGCCGGACCAUGGUUGCCCAGAGGAUGUCUAUGGGUUUCUAGGAUUUCUUGAUGAGAUAGAAUCUGUGCGCCGCUUGGCUGAGAGUGAGGAGGGGAGUGGGAAGAAGGCUCCAGUCAUCGUCCACUGCAGCGCUGGUGUAGGCAGGACUGGCGUUGUCAUCCUCACCAUGGUGAUGAAGUGGUGCCUGGAACACAACCAUAGUGUGGACCUUCCCAAGGCGCUGGAGGGUAUUCGCAAGCAGCGGAUGUACAUGGUACAGACUCUCGGGCAAUACCAGUUUAUCCACAAAACUCUCAUCCAGUACCUUAAGAACACAAGACUCAUCUAGUGCUCCCGACAUGAACUGCUUCACCAAAACGAGCUUUCAAAAUACUGAACACGGUUUUACCAUUGAGAUUGGGACUGGGAAAUUUUGUCAUUAACAAGCUAGUGUCAUGAGACCAAGAAAGAUUUUUUUGUUUAUAGUGAUAUAUACUUUAUUCUUGUUGUGAUCCUUCUUGUAGGUCUUAACAGCUUUAAAUAUUUCAUUAAUGAUGUUUUUCAUCACUUCAAUGGUCCAGCAUAGACAAAAUUCUCAUUCAUUACCAAUAAUCCCUCCAGUAACAGGUGCCCUUAUUAAUCUUGAUUAUAUUUUUGUCAUCAAAGCAUUUUGAUCAAAAUGUGCCUUCACACAAAGCUAGAAGCCUUAUACUGUACAAAAUAAUCAGGAUCUCCUUCAAUACUGAUUUCAAAUUCCAUUUUCUAAUUAAAAGAGACAAAGUUGUAUUGUAAGGUUGUUGAUAAGGUUGCAUGGAUGUGAUGAUUUAUUGGUUGGCAUGGAGAUUAAUGGCAAACAUACUUGGCCUUCCUGCUACUUAUCUAUUUAAGAAGCAUUCCGAACAUAUAUUAUAGCUUAGGGGCAGUGAAUGGUGACGUAUCUUUAGGAUUCAGUUGCCAGUUCUCUCCCUUUGACUGUAUGCUGUGUAUGAGCUUUGUCGCUGCCAUGUCUUAAUGCAUUUAGCAACUUUUAGUGCCUGGUUGUCGUAUAAUCAUGGAGCAAGGUUUUAACAUUUUCAGGCUGUAGUAUCUAUUACUUAUGACAAAUAUUGCCAUGGAUAUUUUGUCCAAAUCUAAAGCUGUUUGUCCAGUGUUCAGAAUACGCACCUGCCCAUAGGUCCAUGGCAGGUAGAUGUCAAGUUGAGCUAUUGUAUCUAAAUUGUACGGGUACUAAUUGCCCACUGAAACUUUACUUGUGGAUCUAUUUGCCACACUAUGAUGCAGGUUGUUAUUUUUAAUGUGGGCCUAAAGAGACUAGUCAGAGCCUGAAGCUUCUAAAGUCUGAGGCUCCUCAUGACAGCCUAGCUAUUAUUCUUUAUUUUUAGACUGAACGUUUCUAUGGCAACAUGCCCACCAUGAACAAAUGUUGGUCAAAUACUGAUUUUCUGUUCUCAGAAAAUAUGCAAUAAUAAUGUUAGAUGACACAGUUCUGUUAAAGGAAUCACAUUGAUAUUUCAAGUGCUCAAUAUGUCUACAGGAACAUUAUCGUCUUCGCGAACAAAUGUUGGUCAAAUACUGAUUGUGUUGUUAUAGAUAUGAAAUAAUAAUGUUAGAUGACACACUCCUGUCAUAUCAUAGGGAUCAGAUCGAUAUGUUUGAUAUUACAGUCUGAUGUUUUUGUAAUCAAUGUAUGUUAUAAAGAAUUUGUGUUUCACCAGGAAACAAAUUGUAAAUAGUAUGUGAACUGUAUUAUAAGUAGUUAAUGCCUCACACACAUACUCAAAUGUUGUGUAAAAAGCGUAUCACAGUGUUUGAAAUCUGACAAGGAGCAGUAGACUGACCUUUAGCAUGCAGCCAUUGAACUCAAAACAUUGGCACAAGUUAAUGCACAAACAGCCAACGAGCAUUAUUAUAAGGCUAUAAGAACAAUGUGUUAAUUACAUGGAAUACAGUAUUUGUAUAUUAGCAUCAAGGUGUGAUAUAUUGGUAGUGAUACGGGAUGAUAUCUCAUUGUGAUUUCUUCAGAAUGAUGCAAUACAGAGCGCAGAUCAAACAUGUUCCAUCCAAUAUUAACUGUAGUAUAGACAGUGAUAGUAUAGACACUGGGGUUGAGGGACUUGCUGGCUGUAGUCCGAAGAACAAACCGAAGUAGAUUUUUUUGUAUUUGUAAGUUGGAAUCUCAAUCAGUCCCUCAUAAUAUGGGAAAUUGUGUUUUCUUUGAUAAAAAUGAUUAAUUUUGAAUAUGAUAAUUGUAUAUUUGCUUUCAUAUCUAUUUAUUCCUUUCAUGUACUGUGUGUUAAUGUGCUUUGCAUUUAGUUAUUUCUACCCCAGUGCUGGAGCUAGGGUGUGUUCAUUGUCAGAAACAGUGCUUCCGUCCUCUGCACCAUGUCUUAAGUUGACUCUGGGCAGCAUGAUUCCCAUAUACCUUGUGUAAUGACAAGGUCCUACCAGAUAUGGAUGUAUAUAUUCAGUUUCGCAAAAACAUACACUAAACAUUUGUGUGAACAAAUAUUACAUGCUAUUUUUGUAAUUCGGACUUGCUGUGUAUAACUGCAAGAUGUCUGACGGCAUUAAUCACCCAUUUACUCACUGUAACGCGUUUAAACUAUGACAUAGAUAUGUAAAAUCAUUAUUUUGUUUUGUGUGCAGAAAAUGCCAUAUUGUAUAUCAGUGUUCACUACCAGAGUUUAGGUCCACAUCAUGUCAUCACAUCUGUUGUGGUGUAUGGCUUCCAUUCUGGAAUUGUACCCUGAAACCACCAAAAUCCUGUAAAUGUAUGGAUCAGGACAAUUUUUACUGUGUCAUUUGAUCACUGAAAUCUGAUCUCUUUGACUGUUUGUUAAUUCAACUUUUAUGAAUUUUUAAAGGAAAUUCAAACCACUUUUAUGCAACAGGUAUUUUCAUUCAAACAGUCAGUAUAUUGAUGAUUAUCAUCUAUUCUUUGAUGUAAACAGUUUAAGAAAACUAUAUUCCUUCUGACGAUGGGGUCGCUUACAGGAAAUAUCCCAACCCCAAACUUUUGAUAAGUGAGUCCAAUAUGGACCUACACCUAACACUAUGGUACUGCAUUCAACCAAAUAAAUACCCUAGACACUCUCACUACACUCAGGUCAAGUGAAGUGCAGGUUGCUUAUGAGGUUGAAUAUGGUAAUUAUUAAAGAUGCUGAUGUUAUAUAAAAGUUGACACUGCCAUAUUAGUUUUUUCAAACUGCAUAUUUCCAUAUAAUGGGAUGGGCCUAGUCAGUGCUUUGGCAGUGUUUAUAGAGUUUUGUACAUAGUAGAGACAUCAUUUCAUUUUACAUUUGUCAUUCAGCAACUUUGUGGUACUGUAUUUUUCGUACUUUUAGACUGAAUAACCUUUUACAAAAGUAUUCAGAGACCCAUCAAUACCCAUGCAUUCCUUGGGGUCUGGUGAUUCAUUGCAGGGUAGAGAACUAUAAAAUAUUUUAGUGUUGUGAAUGUGAAGUGAAAUUGUGUUAAAACAGGGUAGAUCUCCCUCCAGGUUGGUGUCAGAUGUUUGAAAGAUUCCUUUCAAUAUUAGUUGCUGCACCCCUCCUAACUAGACACCUACUUUCCACUAAUGCCUUAUAUUUUCAUUGUGAUAAAUGCAGAAUUUUGUAUAGUUGUUCAUUUGUAAAUAUUGAACUGAUCUAUAUUCUAGAACCAUUUAUAUUUCACAAACUUUUUGACUGUAUUUUACACAUAUAUUUGAUGUCAGUUAAACCUGAGUAAUGCCACUUGAUGACAAUGGUGAUUUUGCAAGGGGAGGUGGCUUUCCCUGAAAAGUUGUCUCCCUUGUGCUGGUUUCCGUUUUCAGUUUCAGCAAUCCCUUCAUCAUUGAGCUAUGCGCAGAAACAGUUUGGAUCUUUCAGCAAAUAGUGACAUUUCGUGAAAAUCUAGAACUAUUGUUCACCUUGUAAGUUUGAAAAAGAGCUGGAUGCAAACUUGAAAAUCUAGGACAAAUCAGUGAAAAGGUAUAUGAGUCACAUAUACCACUCAAAGAAGUUAAACACCACCUGAUUCUAUAGUUAUCGUUAAUCUGUCAUAGGUUUGCAGAUUAACUAUAGAAAUAUGAAUGAACUGGGUGUUUUUUUAACUUCUUUUGAAGAACAUGCAUUUUUUUCAAGCUAUGUAAUUCAUGAUAUCGUUCAAUAAGUUGUUUGGAAAAUAUCAGUGCAGAAAAAAGUGCUCCAGAAAAGUUCAGUUCUUUAACAUUGUUGGAGGUAAACCGUAGUCCUUUACUGAACUCUAACUUGUUGGUGUAAAGUAAUACUUGCAUGAAUAAAGCAUAUUUAAGACAAUUUAUUCCCAUUCAAUAAAGGUGGGAAUCCAUGUAGCAGUUCACAUUGUGUGCUAAGCUUCAAUCGUGUUUGGUCUUCAUAAGCCUGACUGUCUCAUAUUUUCAUCUUCAGUUGGAAGUGCAUGUUCUAAACCUGCUAAAGAGGGACUCUCUUAGGGCAUGAAAUAGUGUGGCAGUAUGAUACACGGGAAAUCAUGCAAUGAAAUUCAUGAUUCAUUGGAAAUCCUAAACAUUUUUGUAUAUAAUACAAAUGAUGCAUGUUCUUGAAUUCAAGGUCUUGUAUUAUUUUCAUCCUAGUUUUUGCCAGCUUGAACAGUAUUUUAAAGGAAGCAUGUUACUACACUGAAGAAUGGAAGAAAUUCUAUUGUUACUUGUGUGAUUUGUUAUUCACAUCCGGCCUGAAAAGUGCCUUUUAUAACAAAAAUGAAAUAAAAUCUUCAAGAAAAUA